AUGUCCUCAUUCCCUGCCUUCCUCAAGUCCCAACUCCUCUACACGCCCAAGGUACCUCAGCCGGAGACCUUCACCGGCAAGACCGUCAUCGUAACAGGCGCCAACAGCGGCCUCGGCCUAGAAGCAACACGGCACUUUGUCCGCUGCGGCGCAACCACCGUCAUCAUUGCAUGCCGCACGCGCUCCAAGGGCGAAGCCGCCCAACGCGACAUCGAAGCCACGACGAAGCGCACCGGCGUACUGCAAGUCUGGGAACUGGAUCUCUCGUCGUAUGCCAGCGUGAAGGCGUUUGCGAAGAAAUGCGAGACACUACCUUGCAUUGACAUUGUGUUGGAGAAUGCGGGAAUAGCACAGGGGAAAUUCGAGAGAAUUGAGGGUCAUGAAGCACAUAUCACAGUGAACGUCAUCUCAACCUUCAUGCUCGCUCUGCUCUUACUCCCCGUUCUGCGGAGAACAGCGGAAAUACACAAGACGAAGCCGUAUCUCACCAUCGUCACCUCCGAAGUCCACCACUGGACGCAAUUCCCGCAGAAGAAGGCAGACAGCAUCUUCGACGAGCUAGAUGACGAGAAGAAAGCCGACAUGGCCGAUCGCUACAACGUCUCCAAACUCAUGCAGAUCCUCCUCGUUCGUCACUUGACCCAAGUCAUCAUCAAGGACAAGAAGAAGGAACCUGUCGUUAUCAACUGCGUUACGCCUGGUCUUUGCAAGUCCGAUUUGGUCAAGGAUAUGGGUAUGGCGCCUGUGGUGUUUAAGAAGGUCUUGGGUCGCCAGGUCGAUGUGGGCAGUCGGUUGCUGGUGAAUGCGACGGCGCUGCCGGAGAGUCGGGGAGAGUAUAUCUUGGACGAUCAUGUGGAGGAGCCGUCGCCGCUGGCGAGGAGUGAGGAAGGCGCGGAGCUGGGGAAGAGGAUUUGGGAGGAGCUGUCGGCGAUACUGGAGAAGGCGAGCCCUGGUGUCACUCAAAAUUUGUGA